UACGUGAGGGUCAGAUGGUCUCGAAAAUUUCCGACCAAAGAACUGUAUUAAAUGUUCCCGCCAUCAUCUUGAGCAGAUACAGAAAUCGAAAAGCGCGAAAGCUCGGUGCGAUUUGAACCCGAGACGUAACAUUCUGAAAAGACGCCAGGAGAGCCGAGAAGUUGACAGGGGUUCAAAUAACGCAGAUUUGUAUGGCGGACGCGACCAUGAGCAUGGUAAUGGUGACACCGACAGAAAGCGAGCGCAAGAGAACGCGCGACGACGGGCCAACACAAGACUUCAAUUUCUUGGAAAUGCAGCAACAGCAGCCGGGAAAGGAUUUUCCGGCACCCGGUGCUGUAGCAGAAGAUGAAGAUUCAGAGGGGCAAGUAGGUACUCGCCAUGCCAAGAGAGCGCGCUUCGAACUCGGGUCGCCGGAGAACCCCGUGCUUCUUCUUGACGACGAGAAUGGUAAUGAGAAGCGCGUUUUGGAGCGCGAAAAUUGCGUGCAGAAUGAGGAAAAUAAGGUCGUUCCGGACUUCGACGUUACUGUUAUUGAGAGCGACGACAAUGAGGAAGAGUCGAAAGAGGCAAAGGUCGCCGUGGAAGUCGCUCGGGAAAAGGUCGGUUCUCGUCGCGCGAAGAAGAGCCCGGUCGAUGCAGUGGUUGAAGAAUCCCAGCAGCGAAGAGUGAGCCCUAGGCUCCAGACAGCCGAAAGGCCUCUGUACUUCCCGCGUCCAAGGAUUGUGCGGGCUAAAGCCAAGCAAAAUGAUAAUAAUGAUGAUGAUGAUGAUGAUGAUGACGAUGAUGAUGAUAGAAAGCAGGGCUCCCGUGAGAAAUCUGAAAGGGCCCCUCGAAAUGGUGUUACUCAGUACAAUGGGGCAGUACCGGUGGCAAAUGGUUCGCAGGAGAUAUCUUCCGGUGGCUUUGGUCGGCGUGCCAUGGGGCUAAAGGACCAGGAUAUGCCAAAUGGCAAAGGGGCUAGUCAGGCCGAAGGGAAAUUCCAGUCAAGCGAUGCUCCGUCGGAGGAGUCUCCACAGACAUCUGAUCAGUGUGUCUUUGGACUUUCUGCAGAUAACAUGCUUAGUCCUGAGGCUGUUGCCAUAUCAGUGAAGACAAAUGGGGUGUCUAAGCACACCAGGCAUAAUAAGGCUAAUAAUGUCAACAAUUCAGCUUCCGCGAGCCCUACCAGUAAUUCGGCACAAGCCAGGAAAGGAGCAAAAUCAGCAACGAAGUGCAAGGAACCAUCAGUAGCAGGACAAUUAGUGGAAAUUGGUGAUUCGGAGGAAGCAUUGUCACAUCCAUCUGACCUUAAUGAUGCUUUUUGGACAGCUCCAGUUCAAUCUUUGGAGGGGUCAGAUUCACAUGGAACUUUGGGUAUCAGUCCUGAUGCCCGGGUGAAAGACACACUCAGGAUAUACAAUGCUUAUUACCUACAGUUUGUCAAGGAAGAGGAAGAUCGAUGCAAGAGAGAAAAGCCAAAUAGUGGGAAAGGUUUAAAGAAGCAAAUAAAAGAAAAGGGUCAGAAAGGCUCAAAGAAUUCAAAAUCAGGAAAGGGGGGGAAUGGAUCAAAUGGAAUGAAAGAGGAAAAGAACUCUGCAAGGCGACCUGAUUUGAAGGCUAUUAGUAAGAUGCUUACGACAAAUGGAAUUCUUUUCCCGACAAAGCGGCCAGGUCAUAUCCCUGGUGUCAAUGUUGGAGAUCAUUUCUUUUCACGUUGUGAAAUGAUUGCUAUUGGCUUCCAUAGUCACUGGCUAAAUGGGAUAGAUUUUAUGGGAAAAAGCUUUGGAAAAAUGGAGGAGUAUAAAGGUUAUAGAUUUCCACUUGCUGUUGCGAUAGUGCUCUCAGGGCAAUAUGAAGAUGAUGUUGAUAAUGCUGAGAAUGUGGUUUAUACGGGCCAAGGGGGCCAUGAUUUACUUGGGAAGAAACAUCAAAUAAAAGACCAAGAGAUGAACCGUGGCAAUUUGGCUUUGAAGAAUUGUAUCUACCAGAAAACUCCUGUCAGAGUAAUUCGUGGGCAUGAUUCAAAGAACAGCUAUACCGGGAAGGUCUACACAUAUGAUGGCUUAUACCAGGUUGUUAAGUACUGGGCUGAAAAAGGGCUAUCUGGUUUUACUGUUUUUAAAUACCGUCUUAGGCGUCUUGCAGGGCAGCCGGUAUUGACAACAGAUCAGGUUCAUUUUAGUCGAGGCCAAAUUCCACAAAGCACAUCCGAGUUACGUGGUUUGGUGUGUAAGGAUAUCAGCAAUGGCCAGGAGAGACUCCCUGUUGUGGCUUCUAAUGUUGUCGACAAUACACCUAUUUAUCCAACUGGUUUUACAUAUUUAAAAAGUAUCAAGGUUGCCGAGGGUAUUGAACUACCACCACCGGCAAAAGGUUGUGAAUGCAGAGGUGAAUGCUUUGAUCCAAGGAAAUGCUCUUGUGCGAGAUUAAAUGGGAUGGAUUUCCCAUAUGUUCAGAGGGAUGGUGGCAGGUUGGUGGAAGCAAAGGAUGUUGUAUAUGAAUGUGGUCCUAAUUGUGGUUGUGGGCCUAAUUGUAUCAACAGGGCUUCUCAACAUGGGUUUAAAUAUCGUCUUGAGGUUUUCCGUACCCCAAACAAAGGUUGGGCUGUGAGGUCUUGGGAUUCAAUUCCUUCUGGAGCUUUGGUCUGUGAAUACACAGGCAUUCUUAUGAGAACAGAUGAACUAGAUAAAUUUUCAACGGAUAACAGUUUCAUCUUUGAAAUAGACUGCCUACAGACAAUGAAGGGGAUUGAUGGACGGCAGAGGCGCCUAGGAGAGCUAUCAAAGCACAAAGACAUUCAAAUGGACAAGCUUGAUGAUAAGAAAGAUGGACAACCUGAAUUUGGUAUUGAUGCAGGAACAUGUGGAGGAGUUGCCAGGUUCAUCAAUCAUAGUUGUGACCCAAAUCUUUUUGUGCAAUGUGUAUUGAGCUCCCACCAUGAUGUCAGGCUUGCACGGGUUAUGCUAGUUGCAUCAGAUAAUAUUCCUCCACUUCAGGAGCUUACCUAUGACUACGGUUAUGUGCUGGAUAGUGUAGUUGAUGGAGAAGGUAGAAUCAAGCAAAUGCCAUGCUAUUGUGGUGCCAUAGAUUGUAGAAAACGUUUGUAUUAAUGUACGUCAUAAUUUCUUCAAACAUUUGAAAUUACAUAUUUGAGUUUGCAAUGGAUUCAUAAUUGUGCUAAUGCAGCUGGUAGUUGAAACCAACUGAGAGCACUUGAGUUGUCUUCAUGAUUUGUGAAAUGACUUCUGUUUUCCUGUAAUCACCAAUUUGCUUAGGUUAGGAGAACAGCACUGAUGGAAAUAACUCUGGGAAUGUUAGCUGUUUUUUGAGAAGCCAUUUACCAUUUGUUUGGUGAUUUUGUCCUUCCAAUUUUUUAAUCUAUGAUAUUGAUAUGGCAAAGGAAUACAUUCCUCUUAUAUGCAACUUUUUGCUUC